GUCACCUUACAUUUGAAUCCGAUUUCAUCGGUGCAUAUUCACCAGAAAUCUCUGGUGUUUCUUCUCAACUCGCCUUUGCCUCUAGUCUGGAAGCUGAAAACAGAAAGACUGGCACCUGGAAUCCGAAGAGUUUUCUUUGUGUCUUUAGGUUCCGUUGUUCAGUUUGAGAAGGGAAAUUUCUCCUUGUCAGCAGAAACGGAAGAAAAGCUUUUUCCUGAGAAAAAUGAACAUCUGCUACAGUGGGCCCAGAAGGAAUUUGGAGCAGUAACAUCUUUCACUGAACUCAAAAUAUCAAGAAACAUCUAUAUUAAAGUAGGAGAAGAUCAAGUUUUUCCUCCAUCGUGCAACAUAGAAAAGAAUUUUCUCUCUUUAAAUUACCUUGCGGGAUACCUACAACCAAAAACAGCAGAAGGGUGCCUUAUGUCUAACUUAGUUCAAGAAAGAGAAGUUCAUAUCAUUGAACUGAUGACUCCAAAUUCCAAUCCACACAGUGCUUUCCAGGUGGAUAUAAUUGUUGACAUUAAACCAUCUCAACCAGGCGCCAAACUUGUCAGAGAUGUCGUACUUAUCCUCAAGUGUAAAAAGUCUGUCAAUUGGGUUAUCAAGUCGCAUGAUGUCCAGGGAAAGCUGGAAGUGAUUACAUCAAAUAGUAUUGGUUUUGGAAAGGAAACGGAACGAUCUAUGGCUAUGAGUAAAUCAGUAAUACCUGAUAUUCCCUCAUCGCACGAGAGUUUGAUCAAGUGGGCUUAUGAGCAUAACUAUAGUCCAGUUACUUCCUACACAAAAGCCCCUGUUGCUAACAGAUUUCAUCUGCAGCUUGAAGAUACAGAAGAGAUGAAUGAUGAAGAAGAUCAUUCCCUUCCUCCGGAGCUGACAGAAUUGCUAGGUGCUAACCCACUGCCGGCCCCGAAGAAUCCUGCGUUAAGUGACGGCCUGACUUUUCCUUUUCACAUUAACAGAGGAAGACAUGACACAGUGGGAGAAGGAAUCUUCCCAGCCAGGAGUUCAGUGGAUACAUUAAUAAAUCAUGACUUUGAACAUUCCUUCUCAAAACAUAAAGAACCUGAAGAGGUUCAGGGCAGUGCUGAUGUGGCCCUGUCAAUAAAGUGUGAUGACAAAGUCAUGACAGUAGCUGUAGAAAAAGACUCUUUGCAGGCUAGUGGCUACACAAGAACAGAACUCUCGCUGCUGGAUCACUCUUGCAAAGCCAGGAUGAAUGGUACCCAUUUCAUUUUGGAGUCUUUGCUGAACAAAUGUGGGACUCGGACAGCAUAUAUCUUGAACAAGAUUGUUUAUUUUAACUCUAUUGUCAUUCAGCUGUCAUCACCAGCUGAAAGCAGCGGCUUUGAUGAUGAUGACAUGGAAUCAGGUGAUAAUGGAUUCCCAGGGGAUGCUGAUGAGGGAGAUGUUGCUUUCUCAAACUGGCCUGAAAUAGCGUUUAAUUGCACGCUGCACCAACCAGAGGAUGACAGAGGCAUCUUCUGGCCUCCUGAACCACACAUCACCAAUGUGACCUUCAAUAUGGAGCUGUACAAAACAGAUCUGUUCCUUGCUCCCUCCCAAGGACUCUUCUCUGUUGCUGAGAAUGGGCCAAUAUAUGUAGAGGUGUCUGUGACUAAAGCUGACAGAUCCUUGGGCUUUGCUAUUCAAACAUGCUUCGUUUCCCCGUUUUCAAAUCCAGAUAGAAUGUCUGACUACACCAUUAUAGAAAACAUUUGUCCUAAAGAUGAAUCUGUUAAAUUCUAUAGCAUUGAGAAGGUGAACUUUCCAAUACCACAUGCACAGAAGGACAAAAAAAGAUUUAGCUUUGUGUUUAAACCAAUGUUCAACAUCUCACUACUCUUUCUUCACUGCGAGUUGACUUUGUGUACAAAUAAAGACAAAGAUCCUCAAGGGCUGCCAAAGUGCGUUCCUCCUGAUGAAGCUUGCACCUCUCUCAACGUGGAUAUGAUCUUGGCCAUGAUGCACAACAAGAAAACCUUCACGAAGCCCCUUGUUAUAAUAACACAUGAAGGAAAACCAGAAGAUCCUUCCCUUCCAACGCCAAAUGUGAGACAGCCACCUGUGUUCUACGGUCUGGACACGCUGACUGUCGUGGGCAUUGCCUUUGCGGCGUUCGUAAUUGGAGCCCUGCUAACAGGAGCCCUCUGGUUUAUCUACUCUCACACAGGGGAAACAACGGGAAGACAGCAGGUCCCUACGUCCCCGCCAGCCUCUGAGAACAGCAGUGCCGCGCACAGCAUUGGCAGCACACAGAGCACUCCCUGUUCCAGCAGCAGUGCAACCUAA